AUGGGUCUUGCGUACAACACGUAUCUUGAUAGUAACAAAAUAUAUGGGUGCAAGAACUGCAAAGCCCACCUCGCUAAUCAUGAAGAGAUUAUAAGUCGGAACUUCCGCGGCCAGCACGGCAAAGCCUACCUCUUCAACACGGUCGUCAACGUGGACGCAGGCGAGCCGUCGGAGCGCAGCAUGACGACUGGCCGGCAUAUUGUGCGGGACAUCACGUGCAAGCAGUGCAAGGAGACGGUGGGCUGGAAAUAUGACCGCGCCUACGAGUCGAGCGAGAAGUACAAGGAGGGCAAGUUUAUCCUUGAGGCCGAGCUGCUGUGUAACGUUAGCUGA